UCAGCGUGGGUCUAGAGCUAGAGGGCCCCGCCGGAUUGGAGGUGGGGGGGGGCGGGGGCUCCUGGGGCCCCUCUGCCAAACAGGAAUAUACAGACCGCCUGUGAGCCAGGACACAGGGGGUUUGGCCUGAGUGAGAGAGUGACUGGGGACCAAUGUCCCCAGCCCUAUAGGCAAAGAACAGGAGGUCCCUGCUGUGGGUUGUUCAGGGAAGUCAGCCCCGGCUCCAGCUGACCCUGUUUGUUUUCUUGCUUUCUGGCCCUGCCCACUUCCGCUGGAGCUCUGCCCCACCUACCCCAGAGGCAAGAGGAGGGGACAGAUGGGGGUCAAAGGAUAGGUUGUGGGGGUGGUGGGUGAGGGAUCUAUGAAGCAUCUUGCAAACAGAUACUGCCUUCGCAGAUGCUUGGGGCAGAGACCGGGCCUCUCUCCAGGAACCACACCAAGGGAGUUCUCUUCCAGACAACAGAUUCCUGAAAAGAUGGCAUCGGGCCGGGCACGCUGCACCCGAAAGCUGCGGAACUGGGUGGUGGAGCAAGUGGAGAGCGGGCAGUUCCCGGGGGUGUGCUGGGACGAUGCAGCUAAGACCAUGUUCCGGAUUCCUUGGAAGCAUGCAGGCAAGCAGGACUUCCGGGAGGACCAGGAUGCCGCUUUCUUCAAGGCAUGGGCGAUAUUUAAGGGGAAGUACAAGGAGGGAGACACAGAAGGCCCUGCUAUCUGGAAGACUCGUUUGCGCUGUGCUCUCAACAAGAGCCCCGAAUUUGAGGAGGUUCCUGAAAAUGGCCAUAGGGAUGGAGCUGAGCCCUACAAGGUGUAUCGGUUGCUGCCAUCGGGGACCCUCCCUGCCCAGCCAGGGACCCAGAAAUCACCAUCAAAGCGACAUUACAGUUCUGUGUCCUCUGAGAGGGAAGAGGAUGAGGGUACCACAAAGAACUGCAUACUCAGUCCCUCUUUGAUUGAGGACCCCCUCAAAAACGAGGAGGUGGGGGCCAGUGGGGAAGCAGGCCAUUCAGAAUUUGGGAGCAGCAGCAGCAGCAACAGCCCUGAGCCUCAGGAAGGUACAGACACAACAGAAGCCCCUUUCCAAGGAGAUCAGGUGUCAUUGGAGAGUCUGCCUCCUCCAGACUCAGACUACUCGCUGCUGCUUACCUUCAUCUACGGUGGGCGCGUGGUGGGCGAAGCCCAGGUGCAGAGCCUGGACUGCCGCCUUGUGGCUGAGCCCUCAGGCUCCCAGUAUGGGAUGGAGCAGGUGGUGUUUCCCAAGCCUGACCCACGAGAGCCCACCCAGCGCCUGCUGAGCCAGAUCGAGAGAGGUGUCCUAGUGGCCAGCAACUCCAGAGGCCUCUUUGUGCAGCGUCUCUGCCCCAUCCCCAUCUCCUGGAACGCGCCCCAGGCGCCACCCGGUCCAGGCCCGCAUCUGCUGCCCAGCAAUGAGUGCGUGGAGCUCUUCAGAACCACCUACUUCUGCAGAGAUCCUUCGUUACAGCCCAGGCAUGGCACCCUGCACGUGAGCGGUGCACACACAUCCUGUGGGGCCCUGUGCUCAGCCCUGGCAGCUGUCUGGCAGCCAGCCUUCCCCAGCCAAGGUCUCGGAAGAUGAGGCUCGGAUGCAGCUCAGCACACGAGUCACAUGUUGGGGACUGCCACCACAUGGCAGCAUGCAGUAACGGGAAGGUGCACCUCGCGGCCCUCUCCUGCAUAUGCACUUGCACAGGCCGACCCCAUAUUUGGGAGAGCUCGCACACCUCCCACACACUAGCUCUGCUGCACCCCGGGCAGCUCCUCGGGUUGUCCUUCUCCCGUCCGCCCCUGCCUGGGAUUCCACUUCCUGCCUCCAUUCACCUCUAAAUCUCACCUUGGGAGUGGAGGCCAGGAGUACAGGGGACACAGAGUGGGAGUGUUGCAGGGCCACGCAUGCCCUCGGCAGGGAGGGUGCAAGCAGACAAUAGAGGUGGGGACACUUCUGUGUUAGCAGCCCAGGCUGCUGCCUUGAGGACUCUAAGCUCUUCCAGCAGAGAGCUUUGAGGGUGUAUAAAAAUCGGUUACCUCUAAAUACUUCUUACUUGAAAAGGGGGCACCUUUUCCUACUUGCACAUGGGUGAGUAGCAGCUUAGUUGCUGGCAUCCCUCCUGGUGUGAGGCAACAGCCAUGACCCUGCAGCUCCCGCUCUGGCCUUGGUCUCCAAUUGGCCCCACACCCACCCCUCUUUCUCCAUGAUGGGUUCCUCUCUAUUCCCUCCCUGCCUGUGGCCUCUGCCUUCUUUCUUCCAACCCUUGAUCCUUUCUCUUU